AUCUUUCUUCUGUCCAUCACCACCUCCUACUCAUUGGAACCAACUUGGCAACAACGAGACGUCGUCGACCUACACGCGCCAUGUCCGUGCUUCUCGAGACUUCUGCCGGCGACAUCACCGUCGACUUGUUCGUCGACGAUGCUCCGAAGUGCUGUGAAAACUUCCUGAAGCUCUGCCAGAUCAAAUACUACAACUACUCGCCCAUUUACAAUGUCCUACCGAACUUCUCCUUCCAGACUGGUGAUCCGAUCGGCCCCGAGUCAAAGGAUAGUGACGGUGGAUGCGCCGUAUGGGCACUCCCUGAUGGCGGGACAAAGCGCCCAUCGAGGUCCGAUCGCGCGACGUUUAAGCCCGAGUUCUCGAGUAAGAGAAAGCACAAGGAGCGUGGCACGCUGAGCAUGGCAACGACGCCCUCCAAGUCGAAUCCCGACGAGCGCCUGGCGGGCAGCCAGUUUAUAAUAACUCUUGGCGAUGGUCUAGAGGAGCUGGACGGCAAAGCAGCAGUCUUUGGAGAGGUCGUAGAGGGCUUCGAUGCGCUAGAAAAGAUCAAUACCGCUUUCGUGGACUCCAAAGGCAGACCUCUGCAGGACAUCAGACUUCUCCACACUGUCGUGCUGGACGAUCCCUAUGAAGAUCCGCCGGGCCUCAUAAAACCACCAGGUAGUCCGCUGCCAUCUGAUGAGCAACGAGCAACGGUGCGAAUUGCCUAUGACGAAGUUCUGAAGGACGACACAGAUCCCGAGCAAAUGGAAAAGCUGCGAAGAGAACGUGAAGCGCGUGCGCAGGCUCUUACGCUGGAGCUCAUUGGAGAUCUUCCGUUCGCUGAUGUCACGCCACCUGAGCAGAUACUGUUCGUCUGCAAAUUGAACCCAGUAACACGAGAUGAGGACUUGGAGCUUAUAUUCUCUCGAUUUGGCAAAAUCUUAUCAUGCGAAGUCAUUCGCGACAAGAAGUCAGGCGAUAGCUUACAGUAUGCCUUCAUCGAGUUCGCUAACAAGGAAGAUUGCGAACGCGCCUACUUCAAAAUGCAGGGUGUGCUCAUUGACGAUCACCGAAUCCACGUGGACUUCUCGCAGAGUGUGUCCAAGAUCGCGGAUGACUGGCGAAGCAACACGAACUCGAAAACGGCGAGGUCUCGUGGGGGCUUCGGUGGCAUUGACAGCCUACAGAAGAGGAAACAGUAUCGUGAGGGCAGGGAUGGUGGCAGUGGGCGGCACUACGAUUAUGUGUUUGAUAAAAAGGAAAAGUCCAAACGUGAGCACACUGAGCGCGGCACCACCAGGCACAGAUCCCGAAGUCGCAGUCCCAAGCGACAAUCCAGAAAUGAGGGCAGAAGUGAUCGUGAUCGUGGUGAUGGCAGAAGAUCCCGUAGCCGCGACAGGUAUCGGGACCAUCAUUCUCGGCGGUAG